ACAUUACUUAAAACUUUUAGACAAAUCGAGAUGUUUAUGGGACGAAGAAACGGGCGCCAAAGAAUUUGGGCUCAGGCAGCGAGGACAGCUAUGAGCAGUCGGCGGGGUCCUAGAGCAGCCACGCAAAGGCUCCAUCCUACAGGCGCAAGUGUGGUCAGCUAUGCUGGUGCUCGAAAGGGACCUAAGGGGCGCUUCUGCGCAGGCGCGUGCCGCCUAACUCCCCAGGAACCGACCCAAGUUCUCUUUUCGUUCUCAGACAUGGGCACACCGCAGAAGGAUGUUACUAUCAAAUCAGAUGCACCUGACACCCUCUUGUUAGAGAAGCAUGCAGAUUAUAUUGCAUCCUAUGGCUCAAAGAAAGAUGAUUAUGAAUACUGUAUGUCUGAGUAUUUGAGAAUGAGUGGUAUCUAUUGGGGUCUGACUGUAAUGGAUCUCAUGGGACAACUACAUCGGAUGAAUAGAGAAGAAAUUCUGACAUUUAUUAAGUCAUGUCAACACGAGUGUGGUGGAAUAAGUGCUAGUAUCGGACAUGAUCCUCAUCUUUUGUACACUCUAAGUGCUGUCCAGAUUCUUACUCUGUAUGAUAGUAUUAAUGUUAUUGAUGUAAAUAAAGUUGUGGAAUAUGUUCAGAGUCUACAGAAAGAAGAUGGCUCUUUUGCUGGAGAUAUUUGGGGAGAAAUUGAUACAAGAUUCUCUUUUUGUGCGGUGGCAACUUUGGCCCUGUUGGGGAAGUUAGAUGCUAUUAAUGUGGAAAAAGCAAUUGAAUUUGUUUUAUCGUGUAUGAACUUUGAUGGUGGAUUUGGUUGCAGGCCAGGUUCUGAAUCCCAUGCUGGACAGAUCUAUUGUUGCACAGGAUUUCUGGCUAUUACUAGCCAGUUGCAUCAAGUAAAUUCUGAUUUACUCGGUUGGUGGCUUUGUGAACGACAGUUACCAUCAGGUGGACUCAAUGGAAGGCCAGAGAAGUUACCAGAUGUAUGCUAUUCAUGGUGGGUGUUGGCUUCCCUAAAGAUAAUUGGAAGGCUUCAUUGGAUUGAUAGAGAGAAACUGCGAAGUUUCAUUUUAGCAUGUCAAGAUGAAGAAACAGGAGGAUUUGCAGAUCGACCAGGAGAUAUGGUGGAUCCUUUUCAUACUUUAUUUGGAAUUGCUGGAUUGUCACUUUUGGGAGAAGAACAGAUCAAACCUGUUAGUCCUGUUUUCUGCAUGCCUGAAGAAGUACUUCGGAGAGUGAAUGUUCAGCCUGAACUAGUGAGCUAGACAGUGAGACAUUGCUUAGUAUAGUUUUGCUAUCUUAACAAAAGUGCUUAUCAGACUUAAUGUGCUUAAAUUGCUUAUCAGACUUAAAAGCUGUGUUACUAUUUUGUAUAUGAAUAUUAAUUAUGUACUUAUACAUAAUGUAAAAUAAAGAUCUUUAUUGUAUCAGCUUUAGAUUACCUUCUGCAAUGCUGUUAUUCUGAGUACAAUUAUUUGUUUCUGCUUCAGUGUAUUUAUUUGUAUGUUUCCUUAACAGCAAGCUCAGUUUAAAGAACUAUUUAAAGAAGUAUUGUGUUCUACUUGAUUUUUUCCACGUGCUUCUUUCAUGUUAUAUAAUAAUGGCUAAUGUAAAUUGGUCUAUGUCAAUGAGAAUGUGAAUGUUAAUAAAAAUUGAUAAACCCAUCCAUAUAUGAAUUAAAAGAUGCACAAGAAUAAAUGGCUUUUGAAAUUUG